AUUGAUAAAAGAGUUUGGAGGCGACAUUGGAGGGAGAAUUGAGAUCAGAUUUUGAGAAAGAAAAGCCUGAAACUAGGGCUUUCUUCCGGUAGGAUUAGAUGAAUCAACCGUCCAAAAAGAAGAAUUUCCGGAGAAGAAAUUGUUGUGAUUCAGAAGAUGGAGGAGAUGAUGCAAACUCCGUCAGCACCAAACUGGACGAGGAGGAAGAACAGCACAGGUUGGCAUUGGAGGAGGUAAAAUUCUUGCAGAAACAGAGGGAGAGGAGGGCAGGAAUUCCUGCAAUUCCUGCAGUAUCGACGCAGACUAGCACUGCCGGUGCUGUCGGCGGUCUUGUUCGGAAACCCACUGACGCUAACAGUAAUAUUGGUGGCGGCGGGGGCGGGGGCAAUAAGAAUGAAGGUGCUGGAGGCGAAGGCGACAAGGAUGAUUUGGUCCUUCAGGAUACAUUCGCUCAGGAAACUGCCGUCAUGGUUGAAGAUCCCAAUAUGUUGAAGUACAUUGAACAAGAACUGGCGAAGAAAAGAGGAAGAACUGUGGAGAAUGUAGAAGGAGCUGAGAAUGACUUGAAACAGGCAGAAGAUGAACUAUACAAAAUCCCAGAGCAUCUUAAAGUGAAAAGACGAAAUUCUAAUGAAAGUUCCACUCAGUGGACUACAGGGAUUGCAGAGGUUCAGCUUCCAAUUGAAUUCAAGUUGAAGAACAUUGAGGAGACCGAGGCUGCAAAAAAGCUUUUGCAGGAAAAGAGAUUUGUCGGUCGUUCAAAAUCCGAGUUUAGCAUCCCAUCUAGUUAUAGUGCCGAUUACUUCCACCGUGGCAGGGAUUAUGCUGAAAAACUUAGAAGAGAACAUCCUGAGCUGUACAAGAAUAGAAAUUUGCAAGAUGAUGGUUCAGGCUCCAAACCAACUGAUAGUGGCACAGAGGCUGCAGGACAAAGGCAGGCUGCAACCGAUGAGUUCAUGCUAGAACGCUUCCGGAAACGUGAACGCCAUCGUGUGAUGCGAAGAUAACACACCCAUCAGGCUGCUAUUUGUCCACAAUUGGAGGUAACGUACUCGAUUAAAGAAGAAUCAAGGAUAAAGAUUUCUGUCCUCGAAAGCAUCACGGAGUCAUCUCAGGACCUUGGGUUAUAGCGAACAACGACUUAGAUCGUCGAUUGAUUUGUCAUUCAUAGUUUAUCGUGGUAAAGUCGGCCGAUUGAAUUAUAAUCCAAAUAUACUUUUGGAUAUACUGAUAUUGAUGAUGUGGUUUGCCUCUAUCUGGCCUAUCUAUUUGUAUCUUAAUCUAGCCUCUGCAUUUGCAGUUACAUUUAUCAGUUUUCUUGUACUUAGCCAAGUGCAGAGCUACCCAAAGUGCAAAGUGAAUGGAAAAAAUAAUCCUUUUAGGUGACACUGAGAUAGAAAACAUGAACAAUAUUGGUGUUGGAAAGUUAUAAACAAGUUAUUUGAUGAUGCGUUA